GCAGAAACUGUAAAAUGUCCGCAGGACAAUGCGAAUGAGAUCUCUUUGUGUAACUGCGAAAUGAGGUGCCUUAAACCAAUACCUAUAAAGAAGGAGAAGCAUUGCGGUUCUUUUGAGUGCAAAUACCUUUGAAAUUUCAUGACAUCACAACUCUGGGCAGUGCAUGAGUAUUUAAGGAGGCAACUGUAACCAGUUCUCAGUGUCUCCUACAACUUGUGAAUGUCAUUUCAGGCCGGCCAAUAACAAUAAGCACAUGACUUCUGCUAGCCAAGCUGUCUAUUAGCAACAACUACAAUGUAUACCACAGAGAAUAAUGGAGGUAAUUUGAAGGUGAAUUGGUGUUAGACAAUCGACAAGGAUCUAUAUGUAAUGAGCAAAUGUUUGAAUGAAACAAUGAAGAAUUCAGCUAAAUGAACUUGCUUUGUCAGUCUCUUGCUUUGUUAGACAUCAGUAAUAUCUAAGCCCAUAUUUAAGAUGCAAGCGUACAGAAAAUAAGAUAUAGAAGACUCGGGUAUACAGAAGAUAUAACAGACACAGGCAUACAGGAAGCAGAUGAUAUAAUUUUAGGCUAAGAGAACACAGGCACAUAGAAAACAAAAAAAAACAUAGAAGAAUCAUACACAGAGAAGAUAUAAAACACUCAGGUUUACAGGAAGAAGAUAUAGCCUUAGUAUAAGAGGACACAGGUAUACUGAAGACAGACACCGCAAAGAGUUUGUGCCUGGUGAGAUGUGAACCUAACACUCGAAGAGGACUUUUGUCAGUGUUUUUAAGAUAUGAUAACAAGCUUCUGGCUAUAAUUCAGUCCAGUUACAAAUAUAGAAACCACGCCGGAUGAUUUGAAAGGCGGUGCAGGCCCCACAAGCCGAUGACGUCAUUCAUUCUACAUCUCACAAAGAUUGAAGAGAAGGAUCCAGAGAACGAUGACGUAACACAUCCACAGAGUUUCCAAGAAGAACUCGCUCGAUGUUACUCCGUAUCCGAAGACUUCCAAUCGUUCCGUAGAAGUUUCGUAUCGUUUCUAGGGAAACGUUAUUGCCAAAAUUGUGUCAUUGAUCCAAUGAGUUUUGUGUUUGGAAUAUGGUGCGUUGGUGUAUUUAUGGUCUCUAUAGGUGUGGUGUUUUUAAUCACGUGUUCUGGAAGUCGAAUGGCUACCUACUAUCUGAUUUCCGAUGGCAUCCUCUCCAUAUUUUUUUAUCCUUUGCUGUUUGCAUACUGGCCCUUGUGGAUGGGCUUAUCAAGCCCCGACUCUUACGAAGAUGAUCCAGAUGAUUCUAAUGCAUUUAGAUGGUGGCUUGCAGUUCUAGUGAUACGCCUUCUCACCUUAAUUGCCAGUUCUGCUCUUUUGCCAAUGUACCACCAACACCAGCACUGCUGUCAUGAAAACCUAAGCUCAGAUACAGUUGACUCUUUGUUCCCAAACUUCUGCAGUGCAACAUAUGCUGUUGCUUUAAGUGCCCUUAUAUUUGGAUGGGUUUCCCUUCUAUCUACAGCAAUUCCAAUUCUACUAUGUCUCUUACUAUUUCAAUUAGCUCCAUUUAUAGCUGGUCCAACAAAACCUCAGGUUUUAAAUAUGUAAAUAUGGGUUUUAAAUAAGCACGGGUGGAUGUGUGUGUGUUGGAGAGAGGGCAUGUGUGUAUGCAUAUAUGUGUGUGUGUGUGUGCGUCUAUAUUUAUAUACAUAUAUGUAUGUGUGUGUGCGUCUAUAUUUAUAUACAUAUAUGUAUAUGUGUGUGUGCGUCUAUAUUUAUAUACAUAUAUGUAUAUGUGUGUGUGUCUAUAUUUAUAUACAUAUGUGUGUGUGUGCUUAUAAUAAUUCAAAUGCAGGCAAAAUACAAACACUGCCAACAUGAAACCUACAGUUCUAAGAUAAUUUGGCAUAAUAUUCAUUAAAGACUAUAUGUAUGUGUGUAAGCAUGUAUGUAUGUAUGUAUAUAUCUGUAUAUCUAUAUUUAUCUAUGUAUAUAUACAUAUAUUUAUACAUACAUAUACACGUAUAGGGAGAGAGGGAGAUGUGCAUGUAUGUGUAUAAUGCAAACGUCAGAAAUAACAUUUCUCAGGUACAACACCAUUUCCAUCAGCAAAGAAGUGAAGGAAAAUGAAAAAGCAUUGAAAUUCAGAAAAUUAUAAUUUCUUUAUUGCUCUUUUACUCAUUGUAUGUGGCCAUACUGGAGCAAAUUAAUUAUACUUAAUUUAAAAGCAGUUGGACACUUGAAAGUAUUGAAAUAAUAAUUUAAUUAAAAAAAAAAAAUAUAUAUAUAUAUAUAUACAUAUAUAU